AUGUCUAAUAGAUGUCCAGUAUGUAAUAAAUUUGCUUAUGCUGCUGAGUCUUGUAAUAUUAACGGUACAUUUUAUCAUAAAUCUUGUAUGAAAUGUAAAGUAUGUAAUUGUAACCUUUCUAUCUCAAGUUAUAAACUUUUAAAAGGAACAAACGAAAUUUAUUGUUCUGUUCAUCUUCCUCAACCAAAAAAUCUUCAGGCAGCUACAACUUUAGAAACAAUGACAGCUAAACAAUGUCAUAGACCAGAACUUGUAAAUAAGAAUAUUCAAGGUGGUGUUGAACAACGAAGAAAUCUCCAAGCAACUGAUACUCUUGACAUUCAAUCAGCUCAACGAACUAAAGGAGUGUUAGUAAAUAGUCAAGUCCGUGGGUGCUGUGAACAAAGAACAAAUACAGGUAAAUUGGGAAUUGCAGACGUUAAUGCUAUUGCACAAUCAAAGUCAUCACAAUCACUUGUCAACGGUCAGGUCCAUGGUGGGUCAGACCAAAGAACAAAUACAGGUAAGUUGGGAAUUGCAGACGUUAAUGCUAUUGCACAAUCAAAGUCAUCACAAUCACUCUACAACGCUCAAGUUAGAGGUGCUGGUAGAAAUUGUCAAGCAACUGAAAGUAUAGAAAUUGAUCAUAUCAAACAAGCUCCAAAAGUUGGUGUCAUUCAAAAUCCACAGAUUAGAGGAACAAAAUAA